CAAAUCGUCACUAAAUUUUGGACCUCAUCAUGGAAACUACCUCGUCUCAACAAUACCGCCUUCGCUGGAAUAAUCACCGUACGAAUCUCCUGAAUGUCUUUGAAGAACUCCUGCAAAACGAAGAGUUCACUGAUGUGACUCUCGCCGUGGAGAACAAUCUCAUCAUCAGAUGCCACAAGAUCGUCUUGGCCGCGUGUUCUUCCUACUUCCAGAGACUGUUUCUCGAGUUGCCAUGCAAGCACCCGGUAGUCGUGCUCAAGGAUGUCAAAUACUCCGAAAUAAAAGCUAUUUUGGAAUACAUGUACCGCGGCGAGGUGAACGUCGCUCAGGAGCAAUUGACCGGUAUGCUAAAGGUCGCGGAAGCGUUAAAGGUGAAGGGCCUAAUAGACGAGAACGGCGGUGAAGGCUCAGUGCACGACGAUUCCCGUCGCGAGGAUAGGCACGUGGAAACCUCGAUGUCACCACCACCGGCUAUUAGCACCAGCACUGGUACUAGUACUACGGUAGCGCACAGCAGUGCUCAUGACGCAUCACCGCCGCAUUCGACUGAUGGCGCCUAUGGUUCCUACGCCAAGUCCGCGAUCGAUCACGGUCACAAUCGUCUCGCCUUAUCAAUGUGGGGGUUACCAAUGCACCAUGCAGCUCACCAAUCUUCGCCACAUUCUUCUUCCGUCGCCGCUGUCCUCGGCACUAGCUCGUACGACAACGGCUUUGAGAACGUGCCGUUCAAGCGCAGAAAGUUGCUUCAUUCCAACUUGCUGAUGAAUCGCGACACGCCGAUACUGCGCACAGUGCUUGGCCAGGGCCACGCUGACAGUUCGCAGAGCAUAUCCACCUUGCCACCGCCUGACGGUCACGAAGCAGUCAACUUCCGUACGAGCAGCAAUGGUUCUGCCAACGAUAACGAUAACCGUCGCAGCAGCAGUGAUCUUGCACACGGCGAGGUGGCCCACAGCCCUUAUACGGACGUCUCCUUCAUGGACGAAGAUGAGAAACAACCAUCGCCGCAGUCGUAUCCUGGUGAUAGUAAAUCAGGCAUCGCGAACUACGUCCCGCAGAAACCCGAGUGGAAACGAUAUAAGCAGUACACCCGGGAUGACAUUAUGUCUGCGAUUGAGGCGGUGAAAGGUGGCAUGAGUGCUGUACAGGCAGCGCGUAAACACGGUGUACCGUCGCGCACGCUUUAUGACAAGGUGAAGAAGCUCGGCAUCACAACAUCACGGCCAUUUAAACGUUCCGCGUCCAACGGCAGCAGCGGUGCUUGCUUCCCGUAUGGUAUUGGCGGCAACGUGAAUGGCGGAAUUUACAGCGGUGCCCUGUCCGAAAACGAGAGCAGUAACGUCAACAUCGCGGAAAGUACGGCUAGCAGGGGCUCCGCCGCGCUCGAAACCACCUACGCUAAGGCGAAGGAUGUUCCACCAGAUCGCGAUUCAGUAUCGGACUCGAUGGCACCCUGCAGUCCUAGUCCGGUCAUGCGUUGUGCUAAGCAAAAACAACAGCAAGAAAGCAUGGACGAUCAGGUUGAGGAUCUUUCGGUGAGUCGUAAGUCCGAUGUUCCAGUGAUAGUUCCGCCGUCUACUGCGCCAGAUGCGAUUAAGGUCGAAGCGCAGGACGUUGGGCCAGAUAACAGCGACUGUUGCGACUACAAUUAAUUUGCGAUGCAUCAGAAAAAGAGGCAGCGAUGAGAUGAUCGACAUGUGCUUCCGUCCGAGGGAUAAUUUCAGAGUACAACUUAGGUAGAGGGAAGCAUUUUUAUACGCAUAUCAAAUAUGCUGAGUGUAGUUAUGGAAUUAUCGUUCUUUCAAUCAUCCUUUUAAUACCGAAGAGAAUCCUGACUGAAUCGCUUCAUCAAUUUUUGACGAAUAGUUCGAAGUAGUUUCUCCCUCUACCUCUUUGAACGGCACUAUUUUAUCCAGAGGAGUUAUCAUAUUUUUCGUCAAGAUUUUAUCAUGAACUUACUCGUAAUUGUGACAGCAAAUUAUUAAGAAAAGGACAAAAAAUAUGUAUUCAAUAUAAUUACCGAUUUCUUGCCCAAUUGUCCUAUCAUAGUUGUGAAAGCAAGGAAUUUUUAAAUUUUUCUAUUUUAUCUGUUCUCUGUCUACCUUUUCUUUCUUCUUAAGUGAUAGCUCUUCUGGAGAAAUCCGCUUGCCGUUCUAGUUGUAUCAUUUGAUCACUAUUAAUUAAACAAUUCAUAUUUUAUUUUUCUUUCUGUGUAAGCGCAAAGACGGACUUACGUUCGCUGGUGCAUAAUGGUAAUGACGCAUUCAUAAAACACAAAACAAAGAAAACGUCGAAUGUUCGUCACUACUUCCAAUUUUCUACCUCGUACAAGACUGAACACGUACAUCAUAGAUUCAAGACUGAACGUAUUAGCACAUACAUUUCAAAUUUGUGAAAGCUUAAUGCUGUUAUGGUAAAUCGUACAAAUUAAUUUGCCAUUAUGAGAUGAGAAUUAUAUCUGUAAAAGAUAUAUACCGUGCAUUAGAUUUCUUUCUUUUCUGAUUGAUUUUAUAACAUGCAAAAAGUUUUAAAAUUUAUUUUCGCUUUACUUUCAACAAUUUUAUAGCACUAUAUCUCAUAAAGUAAAUGUUACAAAAUUCCAAGAUAUUUAUAUUCGUGUAAUUAUUGCGGUGCGAUAAAAAUCUUGAUUAUUAACGAACGAAAUAUCUUAUAAAAGUCGCCUUAUUAAUCUUUAUCAUCAUUUACGUUAAGCUUUAAACAUUUUUGAAAUAAUGGGAUAUGCCUUAUACAUUUAAUGUAUUUUGUUAUUGUGAUUCAUUUUAAUUUGCAAUUUAUUAACAUAAUAUAGGAGAAAAAGAAAAUAAGUAAGUAAAUUAUAUAAGCAAGUGUGCAAAGAGACGUAAGCAUUUAACUAACAAAUUAAGAUCAAUCAUAUUGAGUGCGGUCCAUAAUGCUAUUCCAGAUCGAUUACCUCUUGAUUUUAUGCUGUAUAUUAAAUUGAAGUGCAUGAUUUUAUCAUAUUAUUCAGAUUAUACAUAGCUGUAUUUGUCCAAAUUAUUAUGUUAACUAGUUAUUUUAUGAUAAUAAUCGACUAAAAUAGAUACAAAUUAGAGUAGACUUCUGAACCUAUUCUAAUUUCUUUUUCUACGGAAUUUUUCGUAACGUAAUGUAAAUAUUAGGUGGUUAUUAUCAUUCGUUGUAUAUUAAAAUGUUUUAAAGCGUUCGAUAGAUCAAUCAAAAUCAGAUCAUGCUUUAAAUGCUCUGGAAUACAAAUUUAUGAUUAGAAUAUGAUUUAAAACUCUAUAUGGUCCGCAUUCAUAGGAGAAUGCUUAUUAUUUUUAUAUAUUUUAAAAGCAUUUUAAAAGCGUAUUUCUAUGUUCGUGUUUAAUAAUCGUACAAGUUAUUAUUAUUAUAUAGAACAUGUCGUCAUUAUCAUAUUCGUCUCUGAAUUACGUUAAAAAAACUUAUCAUUAAGUGUUGAUGCGGUAAUGGCGGGAGAUUUUGUACAUAGCAAUUAUAAAAGCGUUUCGUUCGUAAACUUCGUAUAAUUUUGUUAAUAAUUGAGAUAUUUCUGUUAAUUUGUUAGUAAUUGUAAGUACUUCAUUGUGUAAUUGUUGUACUUCAUCGUUACUAACUAUGGCUUCGGGAUACAAAUGCAAUAUUGCUCAAAGCAUACCUAUCAACAGAUAGUAUAAUAAUAUGAACUACCUCAUUGUUCAAUGAACUGCAUGUAUGACUGCAUGUUCAUUAACUAAGAGAGUAAGACUGAUAACACGAAUCCAAAUGCAGAUAUAUUGAAAAUCAGAAUUUGUUAAGAAGAGAUAUAUAUAUAUAUAUAUAAACAUAUAAAUAGAGAUAUAAAAAAAGAUAUAUAUAUAUUAUAUAAGUUGAAUGAUAUAGUGUAUCUUUAGGUUUGUUUUUUUUGCUGCACUUCUGAACUAGUGCAAUAAGUUAGAGUGAGACACAUAUAUAGUUCUUCCAUUCUAGUUUAUUGCACUAGUUCAGAAGUGCAAAGAAAAAGAACAAACCUAUUUAUAUUCCAAGUAGUAAAGUACAAAGUACAAAGACGUAAGAAGACGUAUUCAGACAUCAUUAUGUCGUCAUUUUACUACUUGGGAAAUUAAAAGAAUAUGAAUUCUAAUUACUACCAACUUUAUAAAUUAGACAUAUAUAUUACUUAAAUUUGACAUGUGUUUGGCCGUGCAAUGAUUCAAAUCAUUCUUACAAAAAAUCAUUUAAAAAAACAAUUAGAUAUUUAUAGAUUCAUCAUGAAGUAUUUAGAGGCUUUUGAGAAGCAUUGCCUGUUCAACGAAAGUAAUGAUAAUUUGAUGAAUAUAAUUUGGUACAUUUACAUUUUAAUAAUGUGACUUGAUGUAGAAUUAGCAGUUCACAACUUGCAUCUCUGUGUUCAUCAUUAGUCAUAAAGAUAGUGCGGUUAUACAUAAAAUAUAAUGAGAUUAUUAAUAGAAUCAAUCCAUCUUCCAUAUACAGAAGAUCUCACAUUUUGUUGUCACACGAUGUACAAAUAGUUUUAUUCAAUGGUAGAAAUAUAUUUAUAUUGAUCUUAAUAUAAAAGUACAACAUGGCCGCUAUGCCGAAAUACUCAAAUGUAGUAAGGCAAAGUAUUGAGGAAGUUUCAGUCUAAAAUUAAAAAAAAAUACAUUAGUUAUUAUAUUUGCAUUACAUAAAAGUUUCAAAAGUUGAUUCACUCUUUUACACAUUUUAUAACCCUUAAAAAUACAAUUAUUUGGAUUAUAAAUUACUAAUUGUCGCAUGUAGCAUUUUGAUCUAUUUCUAGUUUUACAAUAAUUUUGGCCAGAUAUUUGGCCCCUAACAUUUUUAAAUCCUGUAUGUGACAUCAAUAUUCUUACGUUAGAAAAGACAUUUAAUGAAAAAGAAGAAAAAUGGAAUAUUCAAUAGAAGAUAAAAAUAUUUUGGAAUCGUACGUAUUAAGUAUACAGGAAACGAAUAAGUAAAAUUUCAUUGUUUCAAAAUAAUCAUUUUGCUGUCAAUUCUUUGCCUCCGUUAACGCUGCAAUUAAACCAAAGCUGCCUCAAUUACUUCUACCUCGAUAUAAGUCAUUCCAUAUUUAUUACAAUAGAAGUUUUAUAGAGCGGGAAUGUUUAUACAUAAAUCAUGAAAUAUUAUAUGAUAAUACAUAAUACAGUACCUGUAUAUUAUGUGAUCAAAUACACUUUUUAUCAUAGUACCGAUAAUAUCAAAGAUCUCAGAAGUUGAACUGCCACUGCUAAUGUAACUUGACGCUAUCUUAAGGACAUUGUGGAAAUGCCAUUUAAAUAUGCAUAUAUUAAUUGUCAUUGUUAUCGAUGUGCGGUGUUUCUUAUUGAUUUCUUAUUAACUACGCAGAGUACACAACAAGUACAAUGGUACAAAAAAAAUAAGAGAUACAUUAUUAUUAUUAAAUUUUGAUAAAUUGAUCCUUUGAUCCAUUCUUUGAGUGGCGUAGUAUAACAUGUAAUUAGAUAUUAUAUAAUCCAUUGAACAAUGUGUGAAAGUAUUUGUGAAUGCAUCUUUUUAGUAGUUUUUAUUGCGAGGCUAUGUUGAAACUCAUAAGAAAAUCAUAUUUACGAAUGGAUUCGUAAAGAUAAUAUAUACAGAUAUAUAUACAUGGGUAUCCAUAAGAGAAAUAUACGAAGUGUCCGCCAUCUCCUCCCUUGUGUAUUGUUACAUAAUGCAAGCUAUUUGUCUUAUCGAUUCUUUUUUGAUAUUCAUGUGUUUAACUUUCCUUAUCCCAACGUAUUUUUCGAAAUAGAGAAAAUUAGGACACCUUUUAUGUGUAUGGAGCUCACGAUUUCAUAUGUGUGAAGCUCAUGAGGAAUGUGUGUAUAUGUGUAUAUAUAUAUAUAUAUAUAUAUAUACACACAUAUCAUUCAUGUGUUUCAAUGCGAUUCAAAUUGUUUUUAAAGAAUUCAAACAAUUAGUUUAUUAAAGCACGUUUUAUGUAUUUAAUUCAGUACGCUCUUAAUAUCUGCGUGUCUGCGUACCGCACAAGGUACUUUUACGUGCACUUAUAUGCAUUUAUAAAAUAUAUAUCAGUAUGUGCCUUUAUCUUGAUAAUGUGAGUAAUAUAUGAUACGCGUCGCGCAGUAUAUAUAAUUUCGUGGAUUAAAUUCGACGUAUUAUUCGAGUAACAAUAUAUCACAAUGUUGACUUUACUGUUUAUACGUUUUACCGGUCGGUAGAGUUUUAUUACGUUUCGUAAUAAAUAAUCCGUAAUUGUAAUAUGGAACUUGAUAUAUCCUAUGAUAGCGUUAGCUUACUUAGCGUUUGAUUAUUUUAUAUCGAUUUCUACGUAUGAUUGUAAAUAGUCAUAAGUGAACGAUGCCUUAACGACUAGUGAUGUAUUAUUUGUAAGACUGAUUUUUGCUACGUUGAAUACACACAUGCACAAACAAUAAUAUACGCGCACCUACUUACAUAUAUCCGCGCAUACGAGUAUACACAUUGUGCGUACAUAACGUAUAUGUAGUUACACUUGCUGCCACGAAAUGCAUAUUAUUAUCAAUAAUUGUGCAAGUUUGUUAUAAAAUAUAUAUUAUCAAUAUAA